UUGAAGUUGGAAGAAACUUCACUGAUGAGGGGUUUUUAACUCCAACAAAUUUAAACUCUUCUAAUAGUCAACAAAAUGUGUGUGAAACAGCUUCUGUUGUGGAAGAUAGAUGUAAGGUCAUCAGUCUCUCACCAAAUCAACAUUUCUUAGCAACACAUUGACACCUUUUGUGAUAAAAGAUGAUGUAAUAAAAGCAGAGAUAACUUGGACAUUGGCAGUUGUAAAGAAAAAGAUGUCACUCAAUUCAUAUUAAAAAACAUUUAUUAACAACAAAACUCUGAUAUUAAAAACAUUUUCAAAAAAAUGUUUCCUGACAGUGCUAUAGCCACACAAUUUCAAUUGGGUCCAGAUAAAGCUUCCUAUAUAAUAAAUUAUGGCAUAGCCCAUUAUUUCAGAGAAAAAUUGAUUGAUGAUGUUACAAGUUGUGAUAAUAUUACUAUCUCCUUUGACGAAUCACUAAACAAAGUUGCUCAAGGAACUCAAAUAGAUCUUGUGAUAAAAUACUGGGACAAGAGUAAAGAUAAGGUUAUGACCAGAUAUUUAAAUAGUGUCUUUGUGGAUCAUAGUACAGCAGAUGAUCUUCUCUCUGCAUUUCUCAAUGGCCUUUCAGACAUUCAUCUUGAUCUAGCAAAAACUCUUCAUAUCUGUAUGGACAGACCAAAUGAAAACAUAAGUUUUUUGAAUAAAUUAGAAGAUCAAAUGGAGACACAGAAUGUUGGUAAAUCAUUUGUGAGAAUGGAACAUGUAGUUUACAUGUAGUCCAUGGUGCUGUAAAAGCUGGUUUUAAAGUAGUAGAUUAGUAGAUUGAAAUUUGUUACCACUGCUAUGGAAUUUGUACUAUUUUCUAAAAGACUUACCCACUCAGCAUGCUGAAGCAGAUUAUUUCCCAAAAAGUUUGGUUCAACAAGAUAGUUGAAGAAUGAAGAGUGCUUAGAACGUGCAGCAGAAUAUCUGUGAAUCUGUGAAGACAUACAUAAAAAAAACAGUACAAAGUUGAAAGACAGUAAGGUGGCUACAUUCUUGAGGCAGGCACUCAAUGAUUCCUUUAUUAAAGUUAAACUUUUAUUUUUUCAGUCAAUAUGUACACAAAGUGAGAGCUUUCUCACCCAAUUUCAGAGCAACAAACCUCUUGCACCCUAUCUUUAUAAAGCAGUUGUUCAAUUAUUAAUGAACCUGAUGAGAAAGUUUGUGAAAAAUGACAGGGUCACUGACAAGCAGUUUCUAAAAGUUGGUUUAAAUGAUAAUGAAAACUUGGUACAUCUGAAGAAUUUGGAUAUUGGUUUUUGAGCAAAAAAAGGUUUUAAAAGAAUUGAAAGUAAGUGACAAAAAUAUUCUGUGUUUUCUAAGAGAUUGUCGAAAUGUGCUGAAAGUGAUGACACAAAAGAUUAUUGAGAAGGGACCUGUCAAGUACAAAUGUGUGAAGGCUUUGAGCAGAUUAGACCCAGAAAUUAUUAAAAUGCAGUCAAAUGUUGGAAAAUUGUAUUUCAAUGUUUUACUGGAGGUUCUACAUGAUACAAACAGGAUUGAUGAGAAAUGUGCUGUUAAAGCAAAAGAACAGUAUGAUAUACUCUGAAAUAAAGUGUCCAUAAACACUAUUCUACAAAGUUUGAGGACUUCAUAUCUGAAAGGAGUGAUGAUGAUGGUCUGGACAGAUUUUAUUGUGAAAUUAUGAUGGAUGAUAGGCUACUGCAAGAUAUAUGGUCUAUUAUCAAAAUUUCUCUUUCUUUCUCACAUGGGAAUGCAAGUGUUGAGAGUGGUUUCUCAGUUAACAAAUUGCUGUUGAGAGAAAAUCUUAAGGAAGAAAGUUUAAUUGCUCAAUGCUUAGUUUAUGAUCAGUACCAUGCAGUACCAUGCAGGUGGUAUUGAUGAAAUAAUAUAGACCAGAAAAUGUUAACAGUCAGAGGAUCUAGACAGCUAUAUAUUGCAUCUCUGCAACAGAAAAAAUAUUCAGAAGCAGCAGGCAUUGAGGGCUGAAGAAAAAAGAAA